AUGGGCGACGUCCCAGCCCCAGCCCCAGCCCCAGCUCCCCUUGUUCCCGACAUCGAUAUGACCCCACGCCGCCGCCGUGAGCCCUCGGAGCCCCGCAGCGACAGCGACUGGGACGCUGGAUCCAGCCGCGAGGGCUCCCCCGACCUCCUCCGCCGCGCGCCCGCCGUGCAGAUCUCGCGCGCCUCCUCUUCCUCGUCCUCCUCCUGGCUCCGCGAGAUCGAGCGCGACCGGGUGCGCCUCGUCAGGGAGUGGGUCCACAUGGCUGCCCGCGACCGCGACGACGACGCUGGGCCCCCACCGUCCCCCGUCCCUGAACACGCGCGCAGGGACGCUCCCCGGAUCCGCGGCCGCCAGGCGCGCCUCGAGCUCGUCAUGCGCAUGGCCGCCGACCGCCAAGCCGAGCUCCACCGCCUCUCGCAGCACCGUGCCGUCUCCGACUUCCCGCACCGCAACAGAAUCCACGCGCUGCUCCGGGGUCGGUUUCUGCGCAACGGCGGUUUGCCGGAGGAGAGGAGACCCCCAUCUGUGGCCGCAAGGGAGCUUGGUCAGCUGCGACAACGUCAUCCUGUCUCUGGUUUGAGUUGGAGGGGUUACAUCUUUAAGGAGUUCAUGAUGCUUAAUAUUGCCUCAGCUGUUGCUGCACUUGGCUUUUCUGUUAGUUUGCAAAUGUUUGGCCUCAAGAAGCAGAAAGAUACUGACCACCUGAAACUACUCAGGAGAGACAUGAGCGGACAAGUGAGAAUAUCACUUCAGCAAAUUGACAGUACAGCAACAACAUCAGGAUUUGAAAGUGGCAGCCCUAGCAUUGCUGAAGUCUUCUGUGGAUCUCAUAGUCAAGCAGAAAGUCAGGAAGAUUUAGAACAUGAGAGAAGAGACUGGCAACAAUUUUCCCAUGCUGUGAUUGGAGAGGAAUCUGAAAGAAGUUGGCAUGAAAAUGCAGACAACAUCUCUUCUCAUGAGGGGACAGCAGUUGAAGAGGAUAAUACUGAUCAUCUUCCAGAGGCAAAUGAAGAAUCAACCAGUGUUGAACAUCUUCCUGAAGGACUUGAAGAGUCCAUCAGCGAUGGUAGUCUUCCUGAAGCGCAAGAAGAUCAGCAUGACAGUGAUCAUCUUCCUGCAGUGUUUGAAGAGCUGCAUGACAAUAAUCAUUUUCAGGAAUCACAUGGGGAAUGGAGCAGAGAUGAUCGUCCUAUUGAAGUCUAUGAUGAGUGGCAGAGUGAUGAUCAUCUCCCUGAAGUAAAUGAAGAGUGGCAUAAUGAUGACGAGUCUAAUGAUACUGCAGACAAUUGGCGUGAUAAUAAUUCUGACCAACCAAUUGACCACGAUGCUGCUCUUAUUAGAAGAGCUAAUACAUUCAUCCCUGGGGAUGAUGAUAAUGUGUACAGCACAGAAUUGAGGGAACUUCUAAGCAGAAGGAGCGUUUCUAAUCUUCUUCACAGUGCUUUUCGUGAAAACUUGGACCGGCUUAUCCGGUCAUAUGUUGAACGGCAAGGUCGUGGUCCUCUCCCUUGGGAUCUGGAAGGAACAACUCCUGCCCCUCCCUCACCAGAUCAAAAUCAGGAGCAGCAAAGAGAUGACGAGGACCAGGAACUGCAGAACACUGUCAACAGACCUCCUUUAGUGAUACCACCUCCACCUAUGCCUCCUCGUCAGCCACUUUGGCAUUCAGAGUUGCAUCGUAAUAAUUGGAUCAGACAAAACAUUCAUCGUUCAUCUUCUGAUAUUGAAUGGGAGGCCAUCAAUGAUUUAAGAGCUGAUAUGGCUAGACUUCAGCAAGGCAUGAGCCAUAUGCAAAGGAUGUUGGAAGCUUGCAUGGAUAUGCAGCUAGAGUUGCAGCGUUCUGUAAGGCAAGAAGUAUCAGCAGCCUUGAAUCGUUUUAUUGGGGAGCAAGGUGGUGAAAGUAAAGAAAUAAUUAACGAUGGUUCGAAAUGGAUAAAUGUGAGAAAAGGGACCUGCUGCAUAUGCUGUGAGACUCCAAUUGACUCCCUUCUGUACAGAUGUGGGCACAUGUGCACAUGCUCAAAAUGUGCGAACGAAUUGGUUCGAGGUGGAGGGAAAUGCCCGCUGUGCCGCGCACCCAUAAUCGAGGUGAUUCGAGCAUACUUCAUCAUGUAG